CACCUCUAGCCUAGGCAUUUAACCAUCUCCGUUUCCUCCUCUUCCUCAAAAUUCUUUCGACCCCUCCAAAACCCCCCAUUCACCAUUCCCUUCCCCUCUUUCCCCAAACACUCCCGCAACCUUUUACACUCCUCCUGUGCGCUGUCUCUCUCUCUCCUACGCCUUUCUUCCCCAACAAAGGAGAAAUAAUUAACCUCUAAAAAUGGCGGAAACAGCAGAACUACAGAAUGAACACACCAACCCACCUGAAGAAACAGCAGAAGAAAACAGCAAACCUGCUCCAGAUUCAGAAGCCCCCACCACAACCACAACCACAACCACACCCACACCCAAGUGGCCCGGUUGGCCCGGCUACAAUGUUUUCCGACUCAUUAUUCCAGUCCUUAAAGUUGGUAGUAUAAUUGGGCGAAAAGGUGAGCUAGUGAAGAAGAUGUGUGACGAAACCAAAGCUCGGAUUCGGGUUCUCGAAGCCCCCGUUGGCAUCCCUGAUCGUGUGGUUCUGAUAUCUGGGAAAGAAGAGCCAGAUGCUCCUUUGUCUCCAGCAAUGGAUGCAUCAAUAAGAGUGUUUAAGCGUGUUUCUGGUGUUGGUGAUGUAGAAGGUUCAGCUGAUGCAGCUGCAUACUGUUCAAUAAGGUUAUUGGUUGCAUCCACACAAGCCAGUAAAUUAAUUGGAAAGCAGGGAGCUACAAUCAAAGCAAUACAGGAGAGCAGUGCUGCUAUUGUGCGUGUUUUGCCUGAAGGUGGACUUUACUCAUAUGUAACUUCUGAAGAAAGGGUUGUUGAAAUAAUUGGUGAAGCUUUCAAGGUUCAACAAGCAUUGGAAGCAGUGCUUGGUCACUUGCGGAAGUUUUUGCAUGACCACAGUGUUGUGGCUAUGUUUGAGAAAUCUUACACUGCAGCCAUCUCGCAGGAUAGGGCUGAUGCUCUGGCAGAUAAACCCCAAUCCUUGGCACAGAACACCACAUCUCAGACAUUGAUUGAUACUGAUCAUUCUCUGUCAUUUAAGCGGGAAAGUUAUUUUGACCGUGAAGCGGAGCUGGAUAUGAAAUUCCCUCGUUCUGCAGUGUCACUUUAUGGAUCCGAUCCAGCACUAAGUUCUCUCCAUUCUACGGGGCUUAAUCGUGCUGCUCCUCCUAUAGUUACUCAGAUUACACAAACGAUGCAAGUACCACUUUCUUAUGCUGAAGACAUCAUUGGAAUUGCUGGAAGAAAUAUUGCCUACAUCCGUCGUAACAGCGGUGCAGUUCUUACCGUCCAAGAAAGUUACGGUCGAGGUGAUGAGAUCACUGUAGAAAUUAAGGGCACUUCAACUCAGGUCCAGACUGCUCAACAGCUGAUCCAGGAUUCAAUAAAUGGUCAAAAGGCAGCGGCUGCUGUUAGCAUUUAUGGCAAAAGUGAUUUGGGGUAUGGUGGUUCUACCUAUUCACAGCUACCUGAAAGCACAUAUCAACCGUCAUCCUUGUCUUCUUUAUCAUCUUAUGCAAGUCAAGGUCUCGGAGGAGGUUAUUCUUCGGGCUUGGGAGGAUACAGUAGCUACAGGUUCUAAGUCUUUUUUCAUUUUUUCAGCUGCAGAAGCAGAUGUGUUUUUCGCCUUGUAUCUUUAAACCUUGUUCAAUACUAGUAUUAUUUGCUAGUAACUUGUCCUAUUAGAAGAUUUUCAAGUUGAUAACCUUCUAAUCUUGUUAAAUGUCAUAGCAGAAAGGUUGUGUUUUACUGAA